UGUAGGUCCAUAGAGAAAUCUAGCAACUACAUUGUAGCCUGGCUGCCUGCCUGCACUGAGGUUUUAUAAGUUAUAAUGGGAUGACGAUGUUGUACAGGGCAGUUGGUUUGGCUUAAUCAAACUAAGUGUAUUUCUCUUUGGUGUUUCUACUUGCUGACAUUCUAAUUAUGCGUGGGCAUGAAUUUGAACAAGGACAUACAGAUUAAUACAAUUGGGUUGUGCAGAGGUGGAAAUUAGUUGUCACUCGUUAUAUUAAUUGGUAUUGUGUGCUUAAUUCAGCUGGCAAUCUGCCAUCGAGAACCUCAUAUCCACCAUUUGUUACUCGAAGUCCAUACCAAAUAAGAUUUUGGAAAAUGAAUCGGCGCGCCACCCUCCAAGUAGAAAACAUAAACAUGCCUCAACGGUCCAGUUUCUUUGAUCUGUCCGCACGGCACCCUCAUGAGAUGGGGAAAAGUUUCUUGGCGCUGGGAUGCGCUCCAAGCGACCAUGAUAUUGAAGAAUACAAAGCCAAACAUACCGUGGAGUAUGAGAACACUUACUGUAUGGAGCCUAAAAAUAGAUUUGUUGCAGGGAGGGUUGAGCCAAUCAUGAAAGAGGUUCUAGAGAAGCAUCUAGAGAAAGUGAGCUAUGAACCUACGCUGUGUAGCGAUCUAUCCAAGACCAUCGUAUCAGAGAUCAAACUCCAAGUCAAGGAACUUGACUUUGAGAGAUACAAGAUCAUCUGCUUGGUUGAUAUCGGUGAGAAGCGAGACCAAGACAUCCACAUGGGAAGCCGUUGCCUAUGGGAUGACCAACGGGACACCUUUGCUUCAACUACCUAUGAGAAUCACUCCCUCUUCGCUGCAGCCAUUGUCUUUGCCGUCUAUUUUGAAUGACUGCCGGGCCCUAUUAAGCUGCCAAUUAGUGAGCCAGUGCUACACAGGAAACCACUGGACAGGCAAGCAAAGUGGGCUUUAAUUAGGUGUAAAUAUCCUUUUGAUGGGAUGGCUAACCGACCUGCUACUAAUGAAAUUUGAUUAGAUUUCUUGUGCCUUCAUACACAUACUGGAAAGCCUUGGGUGACUAUUUAUUUAAUUUGUGAACCAAACAAAAAGUGUUGGAAAAUAUGACAUGCAUGACCGUGUGUCAACAUACUGAAAGUGUAAAUGGAUUUCCCUUGUUCUGUCUGUCUACAUGCUUUCUCUAGUAUUGCUUUUUCUAUACUUAUCUGGAAAGUUAUGUCCAGCUUGAUAAUUUUCUUGAACUAUCUAGCUUAAAUUAUUGACCACUAACACUAUGAAUUGCCUUUAUGAGAAGUUUUCUUCUGAAUAUAGAGUCCUAGACCACUAUAUCAUAGAUACAUACCAUAUCUGAUUUUAAACACAGUUUCUGCAAAUGGUUACAUUCAUUUUCUUUUUCAGGAGGGCUCUAACAAGAAAUCUGCAUUGUUUUAAUCUGUUAUAUUUUAAAAUUCUUUAAAUACCAUACCACUUUGAUUAAAUUUGAAUUUUCAAGUUGUUUUUAAGACUCUCUGUGAUGUACAAUACAAGUCUUUUAGUUUGUGUGAGUCCAUUUUUUCCCUAGAGGUUUGCUAUGACAAAAAGGAGAUAAUCAAAUUUCAUGUAGAUUUUUAUAUUGUAAUUACAAAAGACUGCUUUAUCACUUUUUCUUUCAAUGUAUGCCAAAACAUUCUUGCCAGUCAUAGGUAUGUCUUCAUUUUAAGAACAGGAAACAUAAAACUCAAGUUUGUCUUUUUAUUACUAUAUUUAGCAAUCAUAGAUGCAAUAGUGUGUUACUUAUAUCAAUUUGUUUUAUCUUCUUUUCUACGGGUCACUUUCGAUCAGAAGUAUUGUUUGGACUUUUAUUCAGCAAUUUAUGGGAUUAUUUUUCAUUCUGCCUCCGGCCACCAACAGUGGUGCCUGGAGGCAUUACAUGUAUGUCUUGGGUUGUCUGUUCCGCUUUUUCAUUAUCACAAUUUCUCAAGAACCGUUUGAGUUAUGAGUUUCAAUAAGUGUAUUUAUCACCAUAGCAAGAUGAUCUGAUAAGAAUUCGGGAUUAGUAUGUUAUAAUCAGAUCAUCUUGCUCCAUAGAGGUCAAUUUAUGAAUUAAAGGUUCUAGCCUCGUUAUUGCGAUAUCACAAGAACCACUCAAGUUAUGAACUUCAAACUUUAAGAAAUUGGUAAUGAUGAAUAAACAGAAUGUAGGUUGAUGUAUGAUCGAGAUGCAGUCACAGUAUCUUGUUCUUUGUUAGCAUGUGGUGAACUCAAGGGGAUGCAAUAGUGUGCAUACUUAUUUAGAAUAUACAGUGAAAAUUAAAAAUUAAAAUACACAUUUUGAAAAAAUAUCCUUCAAAUUUAUAAUUUCAAGAUAGCUGCAUGACUUUUCUUAUGAAAUUAUGGGUGAGGGUCUAGUCACUCGGAUGGCACUUAGAGUAUUGACAAUAUUUUAUACCUGAGUGAGCACUUGCUAAUUAAAAAAAAAACUCUUGAAAAUUGGUUUGCGCAACAAAUGUUUCAGCCUUGGAGUGAAUCAAAGUGCAAAUCGGGCAGUUAUCACAUGUGCUCUAUUAAAGCCCCACUACACAAGUGAUAGCUACUUGCGCCCUCUACAUAGCAAACAAUGCCUAAUCGGUCCCCUAGCUGUGCAUUUCAAAGAGAAUCUACCCUACCUGUCACAAGACCCCAAAACAAGGUGUUGCAAAGUGAAUUAAAAAUUUAGCAAAAAAUAUUUUCAAUACUUAAAGUGCCAACUGAUUGAAUAGAUCUUCGCCCAUAACUUCAGAAAUCUUGCAGAUAUCAUGAUAUUCAAAUUUUGUAAGAUAUUUUCAAAGUGUGUACUCUUUUUUUUUUAUACGCACUGUAGAAGUCUUUGUUGUAAAGGUUUACUUUUUUGUUUGUUUUAUUUAUUUGUUUCAACCAGUUUUGCCAAAUAUUCAUACCAUCAAUCAGUGCACUAUUCUUAAGAUGCAAUAGUGUGUUUAGAUCUUAGUCCGUAUCCACAACAAA